AUGUUCCAAGCACCUUCAGGCGUAUCCCUCUCAACGCCUGCUCGUAGGCGUCCAAGGACAAAUCAACAGCAACUUGCUAUCCUUACCGAUUUCUAUUGGAAUAUCACUGCUUAUCCAAACCGGCAACAGCUGCAACAGUUGGCACAGCAGCUAGGCUUUGGCCAUGACAGCGUGAAUACUUGGUUCCAGAAUCAACGUCAAAGUUUGCGGCGUAAUGGAAGGGAUGAUCGAUUGAUCCAAACAGGCCAUCGUCGUAGCAGCAUUCAAAAUCCAAAUCAAAACCAAACAAUGCCUCUUUCUACUGGUGCUGCUGCUGCUGCUCCUGCUGCUCCUCUUCUUAACAACCCCACAAUGGCUGACGCUUAUGAUGACGAUGACGAUCCUCCAAGCGAUGAUCCUCCAAGUGAUGAACAGGUACAAUUUCAUCAUUCAAGUCAAGAGGAAGAGGAUAACAACAAUCGUUUCCACCACCAGCAAAAUGAUCCACCGCUUUACAGGCCUAUCCCACAUCACGCAACUACAAUGAAUCCAUUCGCUGAUGCAUCACCCUCAAGGCCAAUUCAGCAUCCUCAUACCAGCGCAUUCACUACAAAUACAGCCAUUACUGCAACCGGUAGUGGUAGUGGUGGUCAAAUGCAUCAUCAAGCGCAGCACCUCAAUAUGCCGCAGCAACCACAACAGCAUCAUGCUGGCAAGACAACAACUGCUGCAGGCAAACAGCCGCUUGAUUUCUUCUUUUAUCAUUACGACUAUCCAAUGCAAUCCAUAGCAGAAGCCAAGCUCUUGGAUCAUCCAUCCACUUCAUCAAGCCAACAACAACAACAUCAGUAG